CUGUUUACAAAGGCCGGUAAUUUUGCGCGCCAUUCGUAUCAUUCGUCCGUGUGCAGUUGUUGAGGUUUGUUGCUUGUUUGUUCAUCCUGUUAAUCCAAAAUGUCUGGACGUGGAAAAGGCGGCAAAGCCAAGGGCAAAUCCCAGACCCGUUCACACCGUGCUGGAUUGCAAUUUCCAGUCGGUAGGAUCCAUCGGUUGCUGAGAAAGGGAAAUUAUGCUGAACGUGUGGGUAGCGGAGCCCCCGUGUACCUAGGAGCUGUGAUGGAAUAUCUAGCCGCCGAAGUACUCGAAUUGGCUGGUAACGCCGCCAAAGACAACAAGAAGAGCAGAAUCAUUCCAAGACAUCUUCAAUUGGCCAUAAGAAACGACGAGGAGUUGAACAAACUUCUAUCUGGAGUGACCAUAGCCCAAGGUGGUGUUUUACCCAACAUCCAGGCGGUUUUGUUGCCAAAGAAGACUGGAGGAAACUCGUCUGCAAAUUCGUCAGCCGGCGCGGGUCCCAAAACGCAGUCACAGGAUUAUUAAGCCCAGUUAAUUGUUAAGUACAUUUGUUUGAUGUUCAUGUUCUAUGUAAACUGUAUUUUUUUAAGAUAAUAAACGAUGUAAUUUAAUAAAA